GUAAUUUUGGAAUUUUUCGAUGUGGUAUUUAAUCGUCACGAAUAUGUGCUACAGGCUAUUACCAAAGGGCUGUGUUAAGCUUAAGCUGAAAAAGAACGUUUUUUAACUUGUUAUUCAUAGUAUUGUCACAUUAAUUUUUUAGGUUUUAAACAAUAAGAAAGCUAUACCAUAGAUCAAACAAUCUACAACUAGUUCGUCAAAGUGCAGAUAGAGUAAAUGGAACAGUGGAAGCUGAUGAAUCCUCCAGAUGGUUAUGACUUUAAUAAUCUUGUUGAAGACUUUCGUGAUGCAAUGGAUGGAAACGACGUAAGAAGAGUGAAAAGGCGUUUUAGAGAAAUAUUACCCGAGGAAGUAGAAACUAGUGAACAACUAGUAGACAGUCUUGUACAGAAUCGUUAUAUUUCUGACCGCAAUAUCGUUUACUUGCAACAGAUAGUGCGGGUCCUGAAUAAAAGGCACUUACUGAUAAAAACUAUUGAGUAUGCAGAUAAACAGAGACAAAAAGUACUGCAUUUUCGUGUAUCGUCAACACAGACACGGCCUGGGUAUACGCUUAUUAAGAUCCAUAUUGAAGGUCACAUGUGUCAUACAGAAGAAGAUGUUCAGAAUAUACGGCAAAAUAUUUCUAACAUAGUUCUUGUACCUCUUGAAGACAUUUCUGUGAUCAGCAUCGAAACAACCAAUAGCCUCCUGAUUACAUUCAUGCUUCCAGAAUUGUACGCGGAAGUUCUGCACGCAUUUCUUGAUACGAAGAAAUUUCAUUUAUUUCAACCGCUUAUUCGGCUAGGAGUAGAUGAGAUAAUAGUAUCUGGUGUAUCCUACAAUAUCAAGCUAGGUCAAACACCAAUUGAUUCGUGGUAUCGGAAGAUUAUGACAAUAUUUAACGAGAUUUUUACAUAUCCUUUCAACAUGCAGACGAGAAAAAGAAUCUUGCAGUCAGGACAACGAUCUUAGAAUUUAGAAAUCAUUGCUAAACAAGAGUUCAUAUACAUGACUAGAUGUAGACAGCAUUGAGAGUAAAGGAUUAGAUAAAAAGCUGAACCCUUAUGCCAAUGACUCUCAAGACGAUUAUUGUUGAAAUACCCUAAAUACUUAGUAACAGAUAUUUAAUAUCAUUAUCAAACGCCGAAUUAAAUUGCUUUUGACAUUCUUUAGGUAGAAUCUAUGCAUUAGUAAAGAUGAGGUCGCCAGAGAAAUAUAACCCAGAAAUUUCAAUAAACCGAGGACACUGUAGACGUAUGAGUCCGCCACAACUGAAAACAAAAUGUAAUAAUUAUGACUUGUUGUCUGCAAGACUUAUACAACAAGGACGAUAAACUAACUAAAUCCAAACUUUUAACAUAUAUUUCAAAUAAUAACAUAUACAUGAAACAAUUAUAUACAGAUGCGCAGGCUGGUCUGGAUCCUUGCUCGUCGCAAACCCACUAUGUUGGUUUUCUCAUGGCACGGCUCAUUUAUGCAUUAAGUUGCUUAUUACAUAGUCCCAUACAUAAAUCUCCAGUCAAUUUGUGUUAUAAUACCUAUCUAUGUUUGAUACAUCCUAUAUGGGCUAAA